ACUUCCUGUUACCUUAGCGCCAUAUUGAAAUCUUUGUUUUGACAUGCGACAGAUUCAGACUUGACUUCGUCUUGUUUGUGGAUAGCGGUGUGAUUACAAAUAUAUACCAGUUGAGGAUUCCAACCUAUUGAGAAACAAACUUUACGGUCAGAUGUCAAAAUGAGUUUGCGUCCAAGGCCUGUCACAGCGACAGUAACCAAACCGAAAUGGAUGGAGCCACAAGUUUUCCGACCUCGCUCCCUAUCCUUGGAGUCAGGUGGGUCUACGGCGUCCUUGACCUCUGUUCUCGACCAUGACAGCUACAUUAGUCCAAGUCCAAGUGAUGAUGAGGAUUGGACGUACGAUAAGGAAAAUUGUGGGAAGAGUGAGGAGAGUGAAGAAAAGGGAGACAACCAGAAAGACCACUACAUAGAUAGGAAGGCCAUUGAAAGGAAGUUGGCAGAUUAUGAUGAAAGUACAUAUACAGAAGUUACAGAAAGUGUUGAAGAAAAACUGUCACCGUGGGAAAAAUGGCUUAUCUCAAAGACAAAAUCCGAACGCAAGUCACGUAAGCAAAAAGCCAUGGAAAAGAAAGAACAGAAACAGAAACUAGAGGAGGAGAAACAAAUGAAAGAAAAGAACCAAGAGAAAGUAGAAGAAAAUCGUAGAAAAUGGUUAGCAGAAAAACAAGAAAGAGCAAAAAUACGCAAAAAAAUGGAACAGCACGAAGUGAAAAUGGAGGAAAACAUGAAAGCUGAAAAGGAGAAAAGCAUUUCUGAGAAAGCUGAGAUAGAGUUUAAAAAGUGGAAGGCAGAAAAAAACAAGUCACUGCGGGAAAAUGAACGGAAGGAACGACAUAAACGCCAGGAGAAGGAGCAAGAGCAGGCUGAGAAACAGAGGAAAGCAGAGGAGAAGUACAAGGAGUGGAGUCAGAAGGCAGCCAACAGACCCAAGUCAGUUCCCAACAGCUUUGGAUACACCUCUGGUAAACUGACCGGUUACCAUGACACCAGCGCUUGCCCUCCCCCUGCAUUCUACAACCCUAUCCCAUGGCACCACAAUCCCGUGCCCAGACAGAAGAUGGAGAAAAAAACCAAAACAAAGACAAAAUCAAGCAAGACAAAAAAUUAUGUAUGGAACCCUAACAAGUACUUCUGAGAAAGACAUAGCAUAUUGUUUUGAAAAAGUGAAAAGGACAUAGCAUGUUGUUUU